AGCACGUUCGCCCAAUCAGCUGAGGAGCUACAACCCCAGGAAAGAGGCAGAUGAUAUGGCAGCUUUGUGAGCGUCCAGGUGGAACUUGCUUUGUUAAUACGGUUAAACAUUUGAAUAUGAAAACGUUUUAACGCUAAAGCGGCGACAGAGCACUUGCUCGAAAUGAUUUACUUGAUAUUGAUUUCCGCGUUGUCUGGAGCACUCAUUACAUUGAUAUUACAGUUCUUGCUUAUUUACCGAAGAAGCCCGGAGCCUGUAGCCAGGACAGUGCAAUAUGUCAAAACAGUGCCUGAUCCCAUAUUGAAGGAUUACUUCAAUAAUCAACAUGCAGAACCAGGCCAGCAACAUCAAGAAAACACACUACCUACUUCAUCCAAACAGCAAGAGGCCAUCUCUCCAAGGCAACAGGAAGCGACUGUCACCAGCAGUAGCCCUAAACAACAAUCGCCACCGCCUUGUCAAAGCGAGCUCAUCCACACCUCCAAACCGGAGACGUGCAAUUUUCUAAAUGCAAUCUUUUUGUUUCUAUUCAGGGAGCUCCGUGACACCCCAGUUGUUAGGCACUGGUUGACCAAAAAGAUUAAAGUGGAGUUCGAGGAGCUAUUACAGACCAAGACAGCAGGUCGACUGUUGGAGGGACUCAGUUUAAGGGACAUUUCCCUAGGUAAUUCUUUGCCUGUCUUUAAAACGGCCAAACUUAUGAAGCCGGUGAAUUUAAACGAGGAUGGUAUGCCAGAGGAACUCAAUUUCGAGGUGGACCUUGAAUACAAUGGAGGUUUCCAUUUGGCAAUUGAUGUAGAGCUCGUUUUUGGAAAAUCUGCGUACCUGUUCGUCAAGAUGACUCGUGUAGUUGGAAGGCUGAAGCUGCAGUUUACUCGCAUGCCUUUUUCGCACUGGUCCUUUUCAUUUCUUGAGGACCCACUGAUAGACUUCGAGGUGAAGUCUCAGUUCGAAGGAAGGCCGUUGCCCCAGCUCACGUCAAUUAUUGUCAACCAGUUGAAACGAAUCAUCAAAAAGAAACACACCUUGCCAAAUUACAAGAUCAGAUACAAGCCCUUCUUCCCGUUCCAAGUGCAGCCUCCUUUGGGGUCAGCCUGUGAUUUGGACUUCUCCGUUCAGGACACCAAAUUGGUGGAGGGCCGACUGAGAGUAUCCCUCAUUGAAUGUAGCAGACUGUUUAUCCUGGGCUCUUAUGACAGAGAGACCUACGUCCACUGCACCUUUGAACUGAGCAGCCAUGAGUGGAAAGAGAAAACCCGCAGCUCCAUCAAAACGACUGAGGUGAUCAAGGGGCCUUCUGGCAGUGUGGGGAUGACCUUCAGACAUGUCCCAGCCAGCGAAGGUGACGCGGUUCAUGUGAGCAUCGAGACCAUUACCCCCAACUCCCCUGCCGCCCAGGCAGACUUGCAGAAAGGCGAUCGCCUCAUUGCCAUCGGAGGUGUUAAAGUGACAUCCUCUGUUCAAGUACCCAAAUUGUUGAAACAGGCAGGGGACCGGGUACUAGUCCUGUAUGAGAGGCCUGUGCGUCACCAGUCCUCUGCAGUGGGUGGCUUGGGCCCCCUCCAGGAGGGGCUGUCUCAGCUGGACGAGCCCAGUUUCAUCCCUCCACCUGGAGGCUACGAAGAAGACCCGGCUCCCAUCACAACCCUCUCUGACAUAUCUGACAGCAAAGACAUGGACUCUGAAUAUGAGGACUUGAGUGUAGACCCCAGGCCUAGCCAGGUCAGUGGUGGGAGCACUGAAACCAAGGAAGACUUCUUACUGGCUGUGAACCAAAGCCCCAAAAGAACUGUGGCCAACCUGGCCUCUAAGCCUCUUGGCAGCAUAUCGCCCAUUCUUAACCGCAGACUCAACCUGGCUGGCCUCCAGUCCCCACUUAAACCCCAACCCAAAGACUUACCAAAGCCUUCGCCGCACAAGAGCAGUGGAGAGCCUGGGGAGGGACUACAACGGCCCACUAUUCCUCCCCCACCCCCGCCUUCUCGCCCUCCUGUGCCCCCAAGACCCCAAAUCAAAUUGACGUCAACCUCUUCUGAAACCCAAAGUCUAUUUGAGGUAGGUGAUGGUAGUACCACAACAGCCUCGACUUUGUCUGAGAAAUCUCCAGAAAAGACUCCAGGGACAGGAAGCAAUGAUGACAAGGCCAGCGCUGAGAAGACACCUGUCAAACAGCCUGAUUCAAAGCUUACAGUCAAGGUGCCUGAGCCUUGUGAAGAGCCGUCAGCUGUCCCUUUGGUACCCAGCAGCAGCAAGUUGGACUUGGCCAAAGACAAGAUGUCAGAGAGCUCCUGUACUACACGGGACAGCAUGGAGGACAACUCACUUUGGGAGUCUUCGGAAAUCAUGUUCCGUAACCAGACAGCCCGCUGGGCCAAAGCCGCUGUAGUGUUUGAGGUUGAAAGCAACCAUAAGUACCUUAACGUGGCCCUGUGGUGCAAGGACCCUUUCAAGCUGGGCAGCCUGCUGUGUUUGGGCCAUAUCAGCCUAAUGUUGGAGCACGUUGCUUUGGAGUGUCUGUCCACAUCUUCCUCAGAAUACCAGAGCACCUUCAGGCUGUGUGCUCCAGAACCCAGAGCAAGCGUCAGUCGCACGGCCCUGCGCAAUCUCAGCACCCACAAGGGCUUCAAUGAGAAGCUGUGCUAUGGAGAUGUCACUAUCAACUUCUGCUAUCUCGGUGAGGGUGAGACUGAGCUGCCUGUCCGGCUGUUGGAAGGGGAGAGGGAGGGCAGUUUCCUGGAUGAGGAGCUAAGGGACAGGGACAGGGAGAGAGAGAGGGAACAGUUGUCCUCGACACCCCGAGAUGAUCUGGUCUAUGGUUCCAUGCAGCUGGUGGAGGUCCGCCACAAUUUCCAGGACACUCAGUUCCAGAACCCCACCUGGUGUGAGUACUGCAAGAAGAAAGUCUGGACCAAGGCAGCCUCCCAGUGCAUGAUCUGUUCCUACGUCUGCCACAAAAAGUGCCAGGACAAGUGCCUCGCCGAGAACCCGUUGUGUGUAGCAGCCACCGAUCGCCGUGGUGCUGACCCAGAGGCAAAGUCCACCAUCAACCGCGCCACCACAGGCCUCACGCGCCACAUAAUCAACACCAGCUCUCGUCUGCUUAACCUCCGCCAGGUACCCAAGACGCGGUUGGCAGAACAGGCUGCCGAUGUCAUACCGGGUGUUGCAGAGCCUUCGCCCAAGCACACUCCGAACACUUCAGACAAUGAGAGCAGCGACACUGAAAACUACUCUGGCGCUAGCCCCUCCAAGCUGCCAGCCAGUGGUGGAGGCAGUGGUGCCAGCACCAAACUAGUUCGAAGGGAAGGUGGACUGGACGACAGCGUGUUUAUCGCCGUAAAGGAGAUCGGACGGGACCUCUACCGGGGCCUGCCCACUGACGAACGUUCUCAGAAGCUGGAGUUGAUGCUGGACAAGCUGCAGCAGGAGAUCGACCAGGAGCUAGAGCACAACAACGCUCUUAUGCUGGAGGAGAGGGAGGCAGAGGAUGCCAGGCGGAAGGCCCUGAUCACUGCCGCCCUGGCCAAGUCUGGUGAGAGACUCCAAGCCCUAACCCUGCUCAUGAUCCACUACCGGGCAGGCAUUGAAGACCUUGAGUCUGUAGAGAGUACCUCACCCUCUGAGCAGCAUGGCUUCAAGGCUAAAGGGGUUGCUCUAGAGGAGGCCCUGAUGGAGGCUGAAGCCUAUGACAGUGACACAUGCAGUCCUGUAGAGGUACAGAUGCUGGAUGACAUCACAGAGGAACAGAUCUGUGUAGAGGCCCUUCAUUAAAAAUGGAUAGGCUGAUUUGGAUAGGCUUUGGGCUUGGGACUCACAGCAAAACCUUUUAAAGAUUUUUAUGUUUGUCGUUGGGGUUUGGGGACAGAUUUCUUUGGUUGGGCAUGCGAUAUUACUCAAAAUAAAUGAUGCUUAAUUUAAGGCUUACUAACCCUCCAUACAGUUUUCUCUAUAGUUGGUUUAGCAAGACAAUGUAUGCUCCAGAAGACUGCAAUUUAAUGUACACAAGUCAGUUAUUUUAAAGGGAAGAUGCAAGGGUGUGUUACCUGUUUGAAUCCACUUUGACUGUCUUCCAAAACAUUCGUAAAUGUGUAGAUAAAAUUGGCAAAGAAACAAAUGUACUGACAUUUCCUGAUUUUUGGUUAAUUUGUUUUAUUUCAAAAGCACCUUUAAAACCAAAAAUCUAUUUUCUUACUGCUUGAAAUGUGAACGUAAUAUGGUAUUUAGUCUUAAAAAAAAAUGUUACAGUAUUUUUGUUCUUACCCCCCCUCUGUUACAGUAAAAGCCUGUGCUUUCCAUUCUCUAUUUUAGUCUACAGUAUUUGUUUUAUCGCUCCGUUUUGUAUGCUGUGAAUCACAAGCCCAUGGGUAUCUUUAGACACGGCAACAUACCGUGACUCUACAGAGGGAUUACAAUGCAAAAUGCAGAAAACAAGUCUACCAUAUAGAUUUUUUUCCACGGAUUGUGUACUUUUCAUAAGACUUCAUUACCUUCUAUGAUGUUUUUUCCCUGGAUUUUGCAAACUACGUGACUUCAACCCUCUUCUUGGACCUUUUAGAAUAUCGAUAAAGUGAAGGUAAUAAAUAUGAUGGAUAAGAAAUAUUGUGGAAUCAGAUAAGUUAGUACCUCCAUUCUUGGUUUAGGUUUUUUUUUUUUAUGAGGCCAAACAUGUAUGAUUGUCUGUGACCAUUGUCUGUUUCCCCUUUCUUUAAAGUGUUUUUUCAUAAACUGUUUUCUUUUUCUUUGGUUGGGGGGUGGGGAGUAGCCAUGUAAAGUUAUGUUCCAACAGAGAAAUUAUUUUAUAACAAAUUAUUUGAUAGUUUUUUUUUCAUUCCUAAUCCGCCUAACAAAUCAUGGUGAUUGUGUGACUAUGUUUUAUAAACUCAUGUGAUGGAAGAGGAUGGAGUCACUUAUUCAUACUUGAGUUCAAAUGCUUGCUGUUUAAAAGGCAUAUUGACCAAUGCAAAUUGUGUAUGUGUCUAAGGCAGAGGGAUCAUUUAAAUGGUUAAUUUUUGAUGGUGGGAUUGUGUUUUUGCAUUUUUAAAGUUGUUCUAUCACUUACGAAUGAAUGUAGGCCAAUUGUAUAUAAUGUUCUGCACAAAGCAAGCCCCCCAAACGCCCCCAGACCUAACCCCUGUAUACUGGGUGUGGACCAUUACAGUGAUGUUGUCAUUCACAGCCAAAUUGUACAUUAAUAUUACAACUGCAGUUAGCCACCAGGGGAAAAUACUUGUUAAGAAAUGAAUGCAAAUGCAAACCCUCUGGCUAUACAACAACCAUGCCUGCUAAGUCUAUACACAUGAAACAAGUUAAGGCCCGUUGAUAUCACAGUGCUUUUUAAUGUCUGUGCUGCUACUGCUUUAACUGACCAAUUAGGUUCAGUCAGACAGGACACAAGAUAAAAGAAUAGAGACUGGGGGGAUAGACAGCAACGCCACAUUUCUUUUCUGUGCAAUAGACGUAAUGCUCUUGUGGAUACUGGCUAGACUACUAUACUUGUCACUCUCUUCAAUCGUUUGUAUAUUCAGAUUUUUUUUGUGCAAUAUUUUUGUAGGAAAAACUGAUAAUCAGGAAGGGAUUAUUUUUUUGGUGAUUUUUCUUUUUCUUUCGGUUUCUCUCCCAUGCGUACUGUCUUUCCCAUGUCACAGUUAGUCUGGUAUCUUGAAUUUCCUGGUCUGGUAUUAAGGGUAUAAGAGUACUUCAGUAAAGACAAAACAAUUUAUCUUAUCCUAUGCUACUAUUGCUGCUGCUGCCGUUGUACAAUGUGUUCUUCAAACCCAGUUAUCACAUGCUUCUGAUCCUUCUCCUACCCAUGUUUUAGUGUGUUAAGAGUGUCUGCCAUGGCCUUCUGCCAUUGAGGUGUUCUUGUUUUGUAAGAGGAAUGUUGUACACAGUUCUGAUGGCUUGUGUGAUGAAGCGCUAUUGUACAUAGCCUAAAUAAACAUGCUCACCUGGGAAUAAUGUAAAUGAGCUGUCUUCACUAUUCUAAUAUUGACCAUCUAUUAUAGUAACUGUUCUGAAACU